GCACAGCCACCGCCGAGACCGCGUCCACCCCGCGAGCACAGGCCUCUCGCCGCUCCGCCGCUGCCACUACCGGUUUACACCCGCCACCUCAAAGCUCACCAUGGAUGACGACAUCGCUGCGCUCGUGGUCGACAACGGCUCCGGCAUGUGCAAGGCCGGCUUCGCGGGCGACGAUGCCCCCCGGGCCGUCUUCCCGUCCAUCGUGGGGCGCCCCCGGCACCAGGGCGUGAUGGUGGGCAUGGGCCAGAAGGACUCCUACGUGGGCGACGAAGCCCAGAGCAAGAGAGGCAUCCUGACCCUCAAGUACCCCAUCGAGCACGGCAUCGUCACCAACUGGGACGACAUGGAGAAGAUCUGGCACCACACCUUCUACAACGAGCUGCGCGUGGCCCCGGAGGAGCACCCGGUGCUGCUCACCGAGGCCCCCCUGAACCCCAAGGCCAACCGCGAGAAGAUGACCCAGAUCAUGUUCGAGACCUUCAACACACCCGCCAUGUACGUGGCCAUCCAGGCUGUGCUGUCCCUGUAUGCCUCUGGCCGCACCACGGGCAUUGUCAUGGACUCCGGCGACGGGGUCACCCACACUGUGCCCAUCUAUGAGGGCUAUGCCCUGCCUCACGCCAUCCUGCGUCUGGACCUGGCCGGCCGGGACCUGACCGACUACCUCAUGAAGAUCCUCACCGAGCGUGGCUACAGCUUCACCACCACGGCCGAGCGGGAGAUUGUGCGUGACAUCAAGGAGAAGCUCUGCUACGUCGCCCUGGACUUCGAGCAGGAGAUGGCCACGGCUGCCUCGUCCUCCUCCCUGGAGAAGAGCUACGAGCUGCCCGACGGGCAGGUCAUCACCAUCGGCAACGAGCGGUUCCGCUGCCCCGAGGCCCUCUUCCAGCCUUCCUUCCUGGGUAUGGAAUCCUGUGGCAUCCAUGAAACUACCUUCAACUCAAUUAUGAAGUGUGACGUGGACAUCCGCAAGGACCUGUACGCCAACACGGUGCUGUCUGGUGGGACCACCAUGUACCCGGGCAUUGCUGACAGGAUGCAGAAGGAGAUCACAGCAUUGGCGCCCAGCACGAUGAAGAUCAAGAUCAUCGCCCCCCCUGAGCGCAAGUACUCCGUGUGGAUCGGCGGCUCCAUCCUGGCCUCGCUGUCCACCUUCCAGCAGAUGUGGAUCAGCAAGCAGGAGUACGACGAGUCCGGCCCCUCCAUUGUGCACCGCAAAUGCUUCUAGGCGGACUGUUAGUUGCGUUACACCCUUUCUUGACAAAACCUAACUUGCGCAGAAACCGAGAUGAGAUUGGCAUGGCUUUGUUUUUUUUUUUUUAAUUUUUUUUUUGGUUAUUUUUUUGUUUGUGUUUUGGCGCUUGACUCAGGAUUUAAAAACUGGAACGGUGACGGUGACAGCAGUCGGUUGGAGCGAGCAUCCCCAAAGUUCUACAAAUGUGGCUGAGGACUUUGAUUGUAUAUUGUUCCUUUUUUUUUUUUUUUUUUUUUUUUUUUGAUAAGUCAUUCCAAAUACCUUGAGAUGCAUUGUUACAGGAAGUUCCUUGCCUUCCCCAAAGCCGCCCACUUCUCCUUAAGGAGAAUGGCCCAGUCCUCGCCCACAUUCACACCGGGGAGGGUGACAGCAUUGCUUUCUUGUAAAUUAUGUGUCAUCCAAAAUUUUUUUUUUUAAAGAUCUUCCGCCUUAAUACUUGUUUUAUUUUUAUUUUGAUUGGUCCGCCAUCGUGGCACCCCCUUUUUGUCCUCUAACUUUAGAUGUAUGAAGGCUUUUGGUCUCCCUGGGAGUUGGUCGUGUUGCGGAGGCAUCCGGGGCUUACCUGUACACUGACUUGAGACCAGUUCAAUAAAAGUGCACACCUUAAAGAAA